CGUGGCCCUUUGGCCCUUAUACUGUGUAUAUUGAAAGGACGCGAAAGACUGGAGUCGGCGAAUGUCACAUGUUUUUCUCCUGAUACUGUUGUUGUUUGUAAAGAAAGCAGCAGUCUUGUCUUUUAGUGUUUGUUUUUAGCUUCUGUCGUCUUAUCAGGUCCUACGAAAUUUGCUACGUAUGUAAUGCAGUAUUUGGUUUUCCUGUUCGGGCUGAUGAGCCUGCCCUUCGUAGCCCUAACAGCCAACAAGAAGCCACAUAUUGUAUUCAUUGUAGCAGAUGACCUGGGCUGGGAUGAUGUCAGUUUCCAUGGUUCUGGGCAAAUUCCAACCCCAAACAUUGAUGGUUUAGCCAAGACUGGAGUUAUAUUAAACAAUUAUUAUGUGUCCCCAAUCUGCACACCAACUAGAAGUGCCAUCAUGACUGGGAAGUACCCAAUACAUACCGGCAUGCAGCACAGUGUCAUUUUAGCAGCCCAGCCUUACGGGCUUGGCUUGAAUGAAACAUUGAUGCCUCAAUAUCUCAAGCGUCUUGGGUAUGCCACACAUGGAGUUGGAAAGUGGCAUCUUGGCUUCUUCAAGUACGAGUACACACCCAUUCAAAGAGGUUUUGACAGCUACUUUGGGUACUGGUGUGGCAAGGGAGAUUACUGGGACCACUCAAACAAUGAGAAGUAUGGUUGGGGACUGGACCUGCACGACAGUGAACAGGAUGUGUGGACUGAAUGGGGCCAUUAUAGCACUGAUCUGUUUGCCGAAAAAGCUGUCAAUGUUAUCUCCACCCACAAUGCAUCUGUUCCCUUGUUCCUAUACCUUCCCUUCCAAGCGGUGCAUAGCGCUAACUUCAUCCAGCCACUACAAGCACCACCAGACUUGAUUGACAAGUUUAAAAACAUCAAAGAUGAGAGGAGAAGGAUAUUUGCCGCUAUGGUUUCUUCCAUGGAUGGUGCCAUUAAAAAGGUAGUAGACAGCCUAAAAGCAAGGAGCAUGUACAACAACUCAAUAAUCGUAUUCACAACUGACAAUGGUGGCCCUGCCAAUGGCUUUGAUUCUAACAUGGCCAGUAAUUUUCCAUUACGUGGUGUCAAAAGGACACUUUGGGAAGGCGGUAUCCGAGGAACUGCGUUUAUUCACAGUCCACUCAUCACGAAACCUGGUCGAGUGAUGACCGAGCUGAUGCACGUUUCUGAUUGGCUGCCGACAUUGUACACUGUCGCUGGCGGGGAUAUUCACGAUCUGCAAAACCUGGAUGGUUUUGAUCUUUGGGAUUCCAUAUCCACCGAUGCGAUGUCUCCGAGGGUGGAGAUGGUGCAUAAUAUUGACCCGGUCAACUGGGAGGCUGCCUACAGGUUCCGAGAGUGGAAAAUUGUUGUCAAUCAAACGAAAUACAUGAGCGGCUGGUACCCCCCGCCUAACAUCGAAGAAAGAGAACCUCACCCUGCCACCCUUAGAGAUGCCGUUGUCAAGUGUGGGCCUCCCCCUGAAAUCCCUGUCAAUUGUACGGCGAGUGAUGGUCCGUGUCUGUUCAACAUCAAGAACGAUCCAUGCGAAUACGUCAACUUGGCCAAGAAGGAACUAGAGAUUCUCAACAACAUGCUGAUUUGGCUGGAGGGCUAUAAAAAGGGUAUGGUACCAAUAAGAAACACCCCCCUUGACCCCUCUGCAAAUCCUGCCAACUAUGGGGGGGCUUGGACGGCCUGGAAGGACCAGAAGAUGCAUACAUGAUGGAGUUACCAAUUUGAGGUGAUAAGGUACUAUGACUACGCCAAACCAAGCCAUAGACACUAAACUAAUGAAUUUCACUGUUCACUGUUCUGGCAAUUUCAUACACAUAUCAUCUACUUGUUUUCUAUAUUUAUUCUUUUUUUUUGUAAUCCUUACAAAUAGAAUAAAAAAAGUUCAAUGCAAUAUGGACCGAUGUGCUGUACAGACUCAUUUAUACAAUACAAUUUUAUGAAGAACUUGUAACAAACAGAAACGAUACUUGUAUUUCAAUUUCGUUCGCCGUCUAUGUCAGCAAGUUAUAACUCGUAGAAGUGGUAAAAUGCACAAUAAACUUUGAAUUAUAUCUGCAAGGGGAAUCCUAUAGUAGAGAAAAUACUUAAAGUGCAAGUAUCCCAAGAUUAUUUAUAAAAUGUUUUAGAAAUGUAAUAAAAAGGUUUUCC